AUGGCAUCUAGUGUUACAGUGCAAUCAGUGUUGGAGAAGAUUAGUGUGGAUCAUCUGGAAUGCUCCAUCUGCACCAACCGUUUCAGGCAGCCCAAACUGCUGGACUGUUUGCACAGUUUUUGCCUGCAAUGCCUCCACGAUGUCAGACAGAGCCAAGAUCCUAGUGGUACAAAGCUGACAUGUCCUCUGUGCAGACGUGAAACCAUGUUGAAAGUGUCUGGGGUUGCUGAUCUCCCUAAUAACUUUGCAUUCAGUGCCCUGGUGGAGGAAGUUACAAUGCAGGAAAAGCUACUGGAAGGUCAAGGGUCAGACAUCAAAUGUCAAAACUGUGAUGAGGAGAAUCAGGCUAUUUCAAGAUGCGCAGACUGUGAUCAUUUCCUCUGUCAAGAAUGUCAAAAGGCUCAUGGGCGUAUGACUGUUAUGAAAUCUCACAAAAUGUAUACACUGGCUGAACUUCGAUCAGGAGAGAUUGUCUACAAGAGUAAACUAAGAGAUGAAGUUCCCAAAUGUGGCAAGCAUCCAGAUCAGAAUCUCAAUGUCUACUGUAAUACAUGUGAGCAAGUCAUAUGUCUCAUGUGUACUGUUCUAGAUCAUGAAAAACCAAAACAUUCUUUUAUUGGCUUACCUGAGGCUUUUGAGAAAUGUAAGAAAAAAAUAGAAGAACUUGUUGCAAAAGUUGGUAAAAGCAAAACAGAACUAAGCACCACCAUAGAGGAGACUUGCAUAUCUCGCAAGAAACUCGACAUCAUGUUUGCAAACACCAAAAAGAAAAUCUCAGAAAAAGCUGACCAAGAGGUUGCCAAGAUCCGACAGGAGGAGCAGAAACUGUUAAAAGAGACUGACAGGAUUUAUCAGGAAAGAGUUGCAACAUUUGAAGCUGCUCAAGCUACCAACAGGAAAGAGGUGACACAGACAGAGCACAAGCUGGAGGAGGUCAAACAACUCAUGAACAAUCUGAUAGCAGUGGGUUAUGAAGGCAAGAAGGAGAUAUCUCUACACAACCCAGACGGAUCCCUCAUCAGGAGACUGUCUGCUCCAAUGAUUGGAUAUUAUCUGACAAUGUACAAUCACCGCCUUAUCUACACAACAGGCAUGACCAAAAGGUUGGUAUGUGAAGACUACUAUGGUGCCAGUGUAUUCUCAGUAGACAUGACCAGCAACAAGCAGGGGGGUUGGUGCCCUACUGUUGUGUGCUGUGACAGUGACGGCAGCAUCUAUGUUGCUGUGUAUGGACAUCCACCGAGUAAUAUUCUGCAUUACAGUCCUGAUGGCAAGUACAUUGGAUGUGCGAUCAAGGGAUCUGGUCCUCUACGUGGCAUCACAUUCACACCAAAUGGUGAUCUGGUAGUGGCUGUAGGACAUUCUGUAAAGGUCUAUCACCUAGUGUAA